AUGCAACAAGUACAAAUCAAUGCAGUAGAUAGUUUCUCAAGAUAAAGACUAAUAAAUAAUCUGAAAAAAUAUAAAAAAUAAUAAAAAGGGCUAAAAAAAGAGGAAUAAAUAUCAUCAUUUAAAAAAAGUUCACAACUAUCUAAAGUAUACAAAGAAUUCGGUUUGAAAGAAAGAAACAGAGCAAGGAUGAUUGAUUGGAUGUAUUAAGUAUUCAAGAUUCUAAACAAGAGUUCUGAUUAAACAUUCUUCCUAUCGAUUUCAAUAAUGGAUAAGUUUUUCAAAAAAGCAUAUUAGCAAAAGUCUCAAAAUGAUCCCGAAUAGUAAUAUGAUUUACACUUAGCUUUAGAGUAUAAAAUCAACGAGACAAACAUGUUUCAAGAAUCCAUGAUUAUUUUAAAAUAGCUAUUUCAUCAUUACCAACAGUUCAAACUUGCUCAAGAUGAUAUUGAAUACUUAAAGCUGAGUAACUUAAACAAAAACUAUAUAUUCACUAUUCCAUAGAUUAAAAGUUAAAAAUGCAGAUAAAGAUCUGCAGACAAUAGCUGA